AAGCGCAUCUGGACAGCUGUGCUGAGAAAGUUCGUGGGCCCCUUCCCGGCCUGCCAUCCGCAAGGCACGUCUCCCACGUCGCCUCCUGCUAGCCACUUACUACUUAUUUUUCCCCAAGAAGCAAUCAGCAAUCCAAACUUGAACUUUUUCUUCCCGCUACCCCCGCCCCCACCCCCAUGAGAGGCGAGGCCACAUCACAUCCAACACAGUUUAAUUUCCAUGAGGCUUUGAGAUCAAAAGAGCAGAAACAGGCACAAAAACCCAGCCGCCGUCUGAUCCGAACUGGCAAAGUGGGAGAAGUGGGGUGCUGAGUGAACAGACCAAGCUGGGUCAUGGGGAGUUUCAAAGGUCAUGCCCUCCCUGGAACCUUUUUCAUUAUCAUGGGCUUUUGGUGGGGUACAAAGAGUAUUCUGAAGUAUGUCUACAAAAAGCAAACUCGGACCUGCUACCUUAGUUCUAAAACCUUAUUACGUCGAGCAGAGAUUUGGGAAGGCAUUGUUUCAAUCUUCAUGGCUCUUACUGGUAUGGUCGGGGAACAGUUUAUCUCAGGUGGACCCUCCCUGACCCUGUUGAAAGACGGCCAGUGGAACCAGCUUCUGGGCUGGCAUCAUACAACCAUGUACUUCUUCUUUGGGCUACAGGGUGUAACCCAUAUCUUAUGUUUUCGCUACCAAUUUCUUCCGCUUUCCUUAAGCAAGUUAAUGUUAUCAAAUGCCAUCUUUGUGGAGUCUUUUAUCUUCUACAACCACACUCAUGGUCGGGAAAUGUUGGAUGUUUUUGUGCACCAGCUUCUGGUCGUUAUCACCAUUUUGGCGGGUCUGGUUACCUUCAUGGAAUUCCUCACAAAGAACAAUGUACUUCUGGAGCUCCUGCGGUCAAGUCUCAUCAUCCUACAAGGGACCUGGUUCUGGCAGAUUGCUUUUGUCCUGUAUCCCCUCAGUGGAAGUCCUCCAUGGAAUCUGACAGAUAUUGAGAAUAAAAUGUUCCUCACCAUGUGCUUUUCUUGGCAUUAUGCAUCAACCUUUAUCAUCUUUGGAUUAAAUUAUGCUUUUAUCACCUGGUUAGUAAAAUCUAGACUUAAGAAGGUGUGCACCUCAGAAGUUGGACUCCUGAAAAAUGCUGAACGUGAACACGAAUCAGAAGAAGAAGUGUGAUUUUGAUGGGCAUCCAUUCUUUCUAGACAAGCCUUCUCUUUUUGCGUUGCCUUUGUUAAUGGCUUUGUCUCUUGACCUUUGAAGAACAGCUGUCUGAGGCUGACUCCGUGUUGUUUGUAUUUCCAGUUUUGUUAAAGUGUUGGACUUUAAAUGUCUCACUUUCUUACAGCUUUAAAAGUACCUUGGGUAAUAAAUUCACUUUGCAUAUUGUGCAUGCCAUGAUAUUCAGAAGCAAUAAGUUUUCCAAAGUCAUAUAUAGUUUCAUGUCUGUACUAUGAAAACUAUUUGUUUUAUUUUCCUGAUAGAUACCAUCAAGAUUCAUGACCUUGCCAUCACUUGUGAUUCAUUCAAUGUUGAAUUUUACUUGUUUGUAUUGUUGCCACAAUGAAAAAUAAAUGAAUGCAUGCACCUCUGUGCAAAAACCUCAA